UGGAAGUUCGGAAUCUCUGUGAAACAUGUCUACCGAGAAAAAGCAAGUUGUGGAGAAAGUUAUUUUCUUUUCGAGUCAAUACGGAUCGGACAAAUCUAAAAGCUACACAGCUGAGAAUUUAGCUGGGAACUCUUACAACUACCCGAAUUAUGGCGAUUUUACACAAGCAUUUGUUUUGAGAUCUUAUGGACCAUGGUGGGAAAUGUCGCCAUCGUUCCGAGACCCUAUUGAUAAGUCAAGAAGAAAACUCAUCAGUGAGGAUUUUGUUGAUCUCCAGUUUGCAGAGUCUGUAUACCCCACCAAGAUUGAGAUUCUUGAAACCUACAAUCCUGGAGCAGUGGUUCACAUCUUGGCCCUGGAGUCUGUUAGUUCAUCUUCAAAGCUCAAUAAACCCAGAUGGAGAACCCUAUGGUCAGGAGUUCCUCAAGAUUGUCCACCUCGAGCUAGAAAAUUUUCCCCACCCCUCAAAAGACUAAAUCAUCCCACAAAAUUAAUUCGACUGGAGUUCAAUCAACGGCAUCUUAGCUAUUACACUGAGCUUGAUGCCGUCAUUUUGUAUGGAACAGCAACUAGGAAUGACUUACAUCAUAAAGAAAUGACAAGUUUAGCACCAUGUGAUGAUGCACAGGUGUCUAUCACUACAAACUUGUUUGCUCAACUGUCUUUCAAGCCUGAUGAGAAAGAGAAGAAAAAUGGCAAUCUGGAAGAGUUAGGAAGCAAUGGAUAUUUUGAUAUUUUACCAGAUGAACUGAUACACUACAUCUUCUCAUUCCUGGAACUUAUUGACCUAAUAAGUGCUGCAUUUACAUGUAGAUUGUUUUCCCGACAUUGCUUUGACCCUGUUUGGUACAAAGAAUUGGAUUUGAAACCCUACUGGAGCCUGAUAACAGAUGUAACAUUGGAUCAUCUUCAAAAUUUUUGUACUUCCACUGAAAAGUUGGACCUGACCUGGUCAGGACCUUACGAGGCUGUUACCUGUCAUGGAAUUUUCAGAUUUCUGCAGAAGUGUGGAAGUAACCUUGUGUGUUUAAGAUUAAGUUGCUGUCAGUUUGUGAACGGUGAAGUGAUCAAGGCCAUAAGCAAGUUUUGUCCUAAUUUGGAAGAACUCGACCUCCAGUCCUGCAGUUCAGAGUCGUCACUCAGUGAAGAUUUGCUCCUUGAGCUUGCAAACUUAAAAAGAAUGAAGAGAAUUAACUUUUACAGAGUUCCCGUCAAGGAUCAUCUGCUGAAACAACUGAUUCAGUCUUAUCGUAAUCUUCAACACCUGAAUCUCGGUGACUGUCACCACAUUACGGAAUGUGACACCAUCAUGCAGUUACUCAGUAAACAUUGCAGAGGAUUAGUGUCUCUUGAUUUGUGGAGGAACAGAAGUCUCUCAGAUGUCGGAAUCAUGUCAUUAGCUGACGGUUGCACUCUACUGGAAGAACUUGAUGUGGGAUGGUGCUCCACUGUGAUUAACGCCGCGGAGUGUAUAUCUUGCUUGACCUCCAAAUGUAGGAAACUGAAAAAGCUGUUUCUUACGGCGCUGAGGUCAGUCAGUGACGAUGUCAUAAAUGCGUUAGCAAAUAACUGUCCUGAUCUGGAACAAGUAGAUGUGCUGGGAACCGGUCUUAUCCAUCCUCAUUCCAUCACUAGGUUGUUAAAGGAGUGCAAAAAGUUGCGGUUCCUCGACAUUUCCUUCUGUUCGCAGUUAUCAAAUAAGUUUGUCGAAAAUUUGCGGUCUAGGUAUCCAAACGUGUCAAUUAAAAAGAGUUUUGUGACGGACGAACCGUUCUGAUAUAUAAGAUAAGAUACCAGGUUAACCCUUAAAGAGUAACCAGCAUCUAAUUUCUCCUUACAAAGUCACCCCUGAAUCAUGCAUUUAGGUCAUGAGAAUCAAGGAAAUGAUCACU